AUGUCUCAGCGGGAGACCACUCUUCGGGAACGGAGGAAUGGCGCCACAGGCGAAUGUGUCACCGUAGCCGCAUCCGCCCUGGGCCUUGGCCUUGAUAUUCCAGAGCAAUUUGGCCGCGCCGGUCGCGACCCCAACGGCGAGCUGGCGGAUGCCCAUCCUCGUUUGUAA